CAUGUGACCUCAGGCUGUCAUGUGACCUCUCUUCCUGUUAACUCCAUUAUAACUCAUCCAAGGUAAACAAGUUCAGCGUGUCUUUACCUGAGUUAUUCGGGGACCUUAUCACCGACAAGUUAUCGCCGAUUACAGACCGCGUAACGUUUAACGGACGAUCCACUGGUUUGACUCGGUCCUCUCCUCAGAAACACUGGUUUGACUCGGUUCUUCUCCUCAGAUCCACUGGUUUGACUCUUUGACUCCGUGGAGACCCACGCCGACCACCAUGGUCGAUGAUAUAAGACGAUAUCUGUACAAACAGCUUCCAAGUGUUGAAGGUCUUCAUGCCAUCGUGGUGACUGACAGAGACGGUGUACCGGUCAUUAAAGUGGCCAAUGAGAACGCUCCAGAAUAUGCCCAGCGGCCAGGGUUCCUCUCAACGUUCGCUCUGGCCACGGACCAGGGCAGUAAACUGGGUCUCUCCAAGAACAAGAGUAUCAUCUGCUACUACAACACUUACCAGAUUGUGCAGUUCAACCGGUUACCACUAGUGAUCAGCUUCAUCGCUAGCAGCAGUGCCAACACGGGUCUGAUCAUCAGUCUGGAGAAGGAGCUGGUACCGCUCAUCGAAGAACUACGACAAGUAGUGGAGACAGCUUAGGGCUUUGGGCACUAUGGCAACUCUGGGCUAGGACUCACCCUCUGCUCCCCAAAACAUGCAAACAUGUUCCCUACUUUUUUAUUUUUUUCAUUUCUUUCUCCUCUUUAAAUAAAUCUGUCAAAUCUCUUA